GUAUAAAUUCUAGCGUAAACACAAAAUGUAGUACCAAAAAGUUUACGCUUGCCGUUUACACGCUAUCAAAAGAUUAUAGACCUGCGGAGCGUGAAACCAAACGAAAACGCUGUUGGCCAUCGUUUGGGAAGGCUAUAUGUUCUUUUUGUGGUUUGCAUCAAUAGUGAGCGUUCAUUGCUAAACGAAGCGUAAACUUUCUUCAUGUGUCGCUGCCUUAUGGAUUUUGGCAUCGCGGCACACCAAUUGCGCUGUCGUGUAGCCUUAAAGAGGAAGAACGGGUUUAGAUUCGUUUAGGUUUCGGUGUUCUCCACAGUAUAUAAUUAUUGGUAUCGUUUAAAGACAAAAAUAAAUCACGCCGCAACAUGGGCAGUCAAGCGUCGAGCAUAUCCCAACGGAUUCUGCCGCAUGAUACGAUGGAUUCCCUGCAGUUCGAGAUCAAAAAGCAGGUGCACAUAUAUUCCGAAAUCAACAAUCUGGCGUAUGAUGACUUUCAGAAAUGCCUCGCCGAUCUCAACCGGCUUGCACGCAAGUGUUUAGAUACGGAUGGCAAGCAAUUGGUUUUUGCGGUGAAGAAGGGUACGGAUAACUCUAUUCUUUGGAAGCGCACGGUGCGCAUCGCAUGCGUAAAGAUCCAUCCGGAAACGCGAAAGAUCGAUUGCUACAAGCUACUGACGCUGCAGCAAUUUCUGCAAGUGUUUCGCACGAUUCAGAAUCAUUUACAUGCCAUGGUAACAGUUGAAAGUCAACGGAUCCAUAGUCCUACCAAAAGCCCGGGGACUAAGACCGAAACAGUGGACGGAGCCAGCUCGCGUCUCAGCAUGGCCUCGAAUGGUAGCAGUCGGGACAGUGUCGUUGGUUCGAACGAUGAAUCGGCGCGACAGCAAGGAAACAUGAAUCAAUCGGGUUCUUCUGGACCUGCAGAGGGUGGUUCGACAAGCGCAUCGGGAGUCCAUUCCACCCAUUCCUUAUCAUCUAUAUCGUCGUCAUCAACGUCAUCGGUGGCAUUUAUUUUUCCGGACGCAGCAAUCGCUACCACUUCGAUGCUAAUGGCCCAGGUUGAUGCAGUAACAGCAACGGUAACUGGUGCUGUGCAUUCAACGAACGACGGGGAUGACGGACCGGUCGAACAGAACGAGUGCUGUAUCUGUCUCGAACGGAAGCCAGAGGUAUCCCUGCCGUGUGCCCACAGUUACUGCAUGCCAUGCAUCGAGCAAUGGAACAUCCACCAGAAGACAUGUCCCAUCUGUGACGAGGAGCUCGCCACAACAGACGACACAUGGGUUUUGUCCGAAAUGCCAGAGGCGGACGAGGUUAAUGAAGCAAUCUGUGCUAUGCUCAUGAAGCUUUCAAAUGACCCGUUCGAUGAGGAAAGCGACAAGAAAUGGUGGCGCCGUAUGCUUAAUUUGUGAUAUGGACCAGCAAGGUACAGCAACAGUGGAAUUGAAUGGUAUUCCACCGACAGACCGCAGCGUGGAUUUGGCUGGUUGUUUCGCUAUAGUUAUGGGAGUGUCCAAUGAACAGUCAAGAAAUUAGAUGUUAAUCAUGCAGUAGGGUAGAGUGCCCGCCUUGUAGCUGUUCUUGGUAAUAAACUCAAUAACAAUAAAA